UAUGUUUUCCAUGUUUUCUGGCUUUUAGGAAACAAGAACAAUGCCAUACCUAACAUCUGGGGAAGCAGACAGGCUUUGUUCAGUUAUUCAGUCCUGUGAUUUGAGUUUUAAAAGAGAUCAUCUUGAUACAGAAACACCUAGCCAACCUGGAAAGUAUAUUAGUUCUCAGAAUGAAGACAACUCAGAUAACCAUCUUCCAGGAAGCACAGAAUUAGAAUCCUUGAAAGAAGACUGGAGGUCAUACAGCAGUCUUGUGGAUAAACACCGGACUAAGAUGAAAGAACUGUUGCCAUGCCUUCAAGGAAAGUCCCAGAACAGCUCCAUGGAAGAAAGCCUCAGUGAAGGUGAAACAACAUGGUUAUGGAAAGAUGCCAUGAAUGACAAAGUCACUUUCCAGAAAAAGCUUCAUGAAGCAGAGUUGGCAAUUGGAUCAGCAGAACUUUUUUUGCCAUCAUUUAGAGAAACUCUUGUUAGAAUUUCAAAAGCUUGUUACGUUUCUGCAUCAGAUAUGAUAAAGAUCUCUAUGCAAGAGGAUUUACUGUUAAAGGAGCUAGAGGUUCUCAGAAAUAUGAAGGGGCUGUUACAACACCUACUUAGAGCAAGCAAGGACAAAGAAAUUAUCAGUAAACAGAUUGAAGAACUGAUAAAGCGGUUAACUGACAAUGAAAUGGAAAUUGUAAGUCUUAGAACUGAAGUUACUCAAAAAGAGAGGCAUCUUUUAGAGCUUUCAAGUCAGCUUCACCAAGAGAAAGCUAAUGUGCUAAACGUAUCGCGCCAUUCUGAAUCAAUACAGUCCGUGCAAAACCACCUGCAGUGUCAGAUAGAAAAAAAGGAUGCUGAGAAUAAUCAACUGAGAACAAAAUUUCAGACUGUUGAAAAGAAGAUUGCUGAAUGGAAGCUACAAGUUGUGGAGCAUAAGCAGCAAAUUUUGGCUGAAAAGGGGAAAAGAGAGGAAAGGAGGAAUGCACUGAAAAGGGCAGCUAGUGUUCAGAAACAGAGAGCUGAACAUUUGAAAGCAGUUGUGGAGACCUUAAUUUCCAAAAUUGGAGACAAGGAAAUCCAAUUGUCUGAGGCACUUUCAGCUUCUAAUGUCUGGAAAAGUCAUCAUGAGACAGUAGUAGAUGAAAAAACCAGGUUAGAAGUUCAAGUUGAAAGUCUAAAAAAGCAGGUCGCAGACCAUAUGAUGGAACUCAGAAGAAUUCAAGAUGCUGAGAGAAAGUCAAGGAGUGAGAUUAUUGGAAAGCUUAAUGCCAUUGUCUCUGAAAAUGAAAAGAUUUCUCUUGAAAAUACAACAUUAAAGGCAUCUCUUUCUACAUUGGAAAUUAGUAUUACUUCCACAGAAGUAGAACUUGUAGACUUACGUGAAGAGGCACAGCAGCAGGAAAUGCUGGUUGAACAAUAUAAAAGUGAGGUGGUGAGAUUGGACAUGGAAGCAGAGGAAUUGAAAACCAAGUAUGAAAACAUUCUCAGUGACAGUGGAAAGAUAAUGGAAGACAAGGAUUUUGAAAUGAAUGCGAUGCGGGACCAGACAGAGGCCUACUUGAAGGAGUUAGAAUGUGCCCGUGAUAUGCAUAAAGCAGUUGAAGGGAAACUGCAGACAUGUCAGGAAAGCCUACUCUCCUGCCAGAAGAGCUGCGUAGAUAAAUCCAAAGCCAUUAGGGAGCUACAGGUCCAGGUAGGUGACAGUGGAGGGGUCUUGGAACAGCUCUCUUUGGAAGAGGAAAAUCGCAACAUUCAACUGAAGUAUGAAGAAGUUAAAAAAAAAUUAGAAGAAAUGGAACUGCAAAACAACGAACUUGAAAAUCAGUUGGCAAACAAAGAAGAGAUUCUUCAGAAAACUGAAUUCCAGUUUAACCAAAAAAUUGCAGACUGUGAGGCUUUAACCAGACAGCUGGAAGCUGCUUUGGAAGAUGGAAGAAAAAAGCUAGCAGAAGAGAUGGAAAAGAUCACUUCUAAAGAGCAGGCAUUUCAGUUGAAAAUACUGGAUCUAGAAAAUAAAUUAAGAAAGAAAAAAGAAGAACAGAAACAGCUAUCUAGAAGAUUAGAAGCUAGAGAGAAACAUCAUGAAGUGUCUUUGAAAGAACUAGAACACAGCCUCCAAAGAUCAGAAAACCAGACCCAGAGUAUCCAGAAUUAUGUGAAGUUUUUGAAAACCUCUUAUGUAACAAUGUUCGGCUGAACUUUCUCUUGUUUCUUUCCAAAAUGAAGAAGCACAUCUCAGGACAAAUGUUUGUGUCUGAUCUUCCAUUGGAGUCUGUUGCGUUUAGGAUUUCCUCCACUGUGGUAUCUGAAAGGCAUGUUUUAUGUUAAUUGUUAGCCACACAUAUCACUAGAUUAGAAAAACAUCUGCGUGUAUAUUGGUGGAACAUUAAUUUAGUUGAAAAACAUCCCACAAACAACAAGCAAGCAAAAAGAUGGGUGCUAGCAUGCUAAAUUUUCUUGAAGUUCAGUGCAGAAUGGCUUUGAAAUCCAAAAGGAUAUUCCAUAUUUUGUGAUGUUAGGAUGUUGCCCCACAACUGCUCCCAUGAAAGUUUUCCUCUUAGAUUUAGAAGAAUCAGACCUUGCAUCCUCUGCUGAUGAAGUUUAGGGCUGAUGAAAAUGUAAAAUAGAAGCAUAGCAUUUCCAUUUUCUGGCCCUUUGUGUCCAUAAGGAAAUUUAUUUUGUGGGAAUGGGAAAAUCAGUAAAUAACUCUUCCACUGAAGUGAUUGUAGAAGGUCACUCAUGGCAGAACAUCAGGAGCGCACAGUCAAAUGCCCACCAGAUCUCUUGGACUACAGUUCCCAUCAUUCUUCACCAUUAGCCCUUGUGGCUGGAUUUCAUGGACAUGGAGGUUCUGAACAUCUGGUUGGAGGAGGCUGUUCUAAGAUCUUACUUUAAGGGCAGCAUACACGGCCAAGAAUGAAGCUGGAAGCCUGCAGAGGCUGAAGGAAUAUUUAUUCUGAUACUGUAACUCACUGAAAAUAGUCCUGACUUCAUUAUGUGUUCAUAUUAUUCUGUCUAGUUUAUCCUGCUGAAUUAGACAAGAAUCAUAUCAGUUGGCUCCAAAUUAUUAAACAUCCAACUGAUGACACUUUAAGGAAGUAUCACUAAGCUCUCAAUUUAUGUAGGUAGAAUUGCUAAAAUUAGACAUUGUGUUCCAACUUCUGCCCAAUAUAAAGAGUCAUAAUGAAAAGAAUUGUCAGUUGCUCCUCCCUCAGAGCUGCUAUUUGUGCAGUUGGCUAAGCAGCAGUUACUGAGGAGGUUAGAUCAGAGAAAUGUCAAUCUGAGGGAAGGCAGUUAAGCCUUCUGUUCCCCAGAACUUCCUUGAUCAGCAACCAACCUUCUGUGGUUGGUUUGAACUUGCAAAUAUAUAUAUCUCUGUGUGUGAAAGAUUGCUUAUCUCUGUUCCAGUGUCUCUUAUUUAUGGGCUCAAUGACAGCCUGUUUCCCCACCCAGGCCAAGUAGAAUGGGUUAUUGAUGUCUUCUGCAAAAAAGUGCCAUUAUUUCCAAAAUAAAGUUUUUUAUUUUUUCUUC